AUGGCCACCCAAACCCCCCGCUUCUCCACAAACGACGUGACAGUCGUCUUCUUCCUUGGCGGUCCCGGCUCAGGCAAGGGCACUCAAUCCGCAAACCUGGUCCGCGACUAUGGCUUCGUCCAUCUCUCCGCCGGCGACCUCCUCCGCGCCGAGCAAAUCCGCGAAGGAUCUCAGUACGGAAAGAUGAUCAAGGAGUACAUCACAGAGGGCAAGAUCGUGCCCAUGGAAGUGACCGUCGCUCUUCUCUCGAACGCAAUGGCCGAUAUGCUCGCCACCAGCCCUCCCCCGGCUGGUACCAAGGCGCGAUUCCUGAUUGAUGGAUUCCCGCGCAAGCUGGACCAGGCUGUCUUCUUCGAGGCCACUGUUUGUCCGUCUGAGUUGGUGCUGUUCCUGGAUUGUCCCGAGGAGGUUAUGGAGAAGCGGUUGUUGAAGCGUGGUGAGACUAGUGGACGGGAUGAUGAUAAUGCUGAGUCGAUUCGCAAGCGUUUCAGGACUUUUGUCGAGACCUCUAUGCCUGUUGUUGAUGACUUUGAGAAGAAGGGCAAGGUUGUUAAGGUUCAGGCUACUGGAUCUGUGGAUGAUGUCUUUGCGCAGGUUAAGACUGGUAUUGAGGCUCGUGGUCUGCAUCCUGUGAAGGCUUAG